AUGUUCAUGGCUGCUACACCAGCUAGUCCUGGCCUCUCCAAUGGAGCAAUUGCUGGCAUCGUGAUUGGAGUCCUGGCUGGAGUAGCUCUGAUAGCAGCGCUGGUGUACUUUCUUUAUGUCAGAAAGACCAGAGGGGCAGAUGACCAGCGCCUCCACACAGAAAACAAACCCUCAGCCUCCAACCACAGUAAAGACCAGUCUGAAAACUCAUCAAACAAGAUUGAAGAAGUUGUAUAUUCUUACCUGGAUUUUGAUGACCAGAAACACAGAGAGAAACAAAUUGCAGUGUCUCCAGGCACAACAGCUACAGGAGUCAUUUAUUCAAUUGUGAAAAAUAAUUAA